AUGAAGCUGGACAUUCCCGCCACCGACUUCUUCGAUGAAUACCUCCACGACGAGUUCCUUGAUGACGACAUUGAGGACCCCCUGAUUGAAGAGAUCGCACCCUGGAUAGAUAACGCUGAGGACGGCAGCAACACCGACGAUGAGACCGAUGGUGCACCAGUCGAAGAAGAUCCAAACUUGCCGCAGACCACAGCCAGCAGCACGAACACAUACAAUGUGUCCGAAAUCGUUCAGGAGGACUGGGACCCGCUCCGCUUCGAGCACGAAGGGGCGUCACCGCAGUGCCUAUUGCGCAUCACGGACGACAUGCUGGACCUCUUCAAAAAUCCACUCCCGCUUGUGCACAUCGAGCCUAAAGACAUCAGCCGGUUCUACGUGGCUAUGAUGGGCCCCUCGGGCACGACGUACGAGGGCCGCUUGUUUCUCUUUCUGCUACAGUGCCCUCCGGACUUUCCGACGAGGUCGCCACGUGUUCGCCUCCUGAACAAUCAUGGUGUAAGCCUCGGACCCAAACUCUGCGCAAGCGGUAAAGUGUGUCUAGACAUUCUAGGCACCACAGACAACUGCACCUGGAGCCCCACGCACAGCAUCAAGACCGUGCUCAUGGCAAUCCAGUCACUGCUGAUGGAGGCGCAGUGA